AUGUUUUCCUCCCUUUGUAUGAUCAAUGCUAUCUUCAAGGAAUGUGGCAUAAUCAUGGUGGCCUUCUUGCUCCUUCCUUCUCAUGUUCCAAUGUUUGUGCUCCUCUUCACUUCUUGUUUGGCGACUCCUUAUUUGGCCUCUAACAUCGUGUAUGGGUGGGUCUUGAUCUUCUUGGCUUGUAUCUUGCUUGGUGCUUCAUUUGGUGGUGUGAGGGAUCAAAGAGAGGGAGGUACCUCUAUUUAUAGGGAAUGGAAGCUCAGCAACAGGUGGAGCCACCCUUUGUACGUGAAGGACGAGGAAAUUUAG